CCUCUCCAUUUGCUUUCUGUGCUCUACACUGAAAGUAUGUUGUGGUUGCUCUUUUUACUUGUAACUGGUAUUCAUGCUCAACUCUGUUAUCCAGAUGCAGAAAAUGCUUUUAAAGUGAGACUUAGUAUCAAAACUGCUCUGGGAGAAAAUGCAUAUGCUUGGGAUAAAAAUGAAGAAUAUCUCUUCAAAGCAAUGGUGGCUUUUGCCAUGAGAAAACUUCCCAAGAGAGAAGCAACAGACAUUUCCCAUGUCCUUCUGUGCAAUGUAACCCAGAGGGUGUCAUUCUGGUUUGUGGUUACAGACCCUACGGCAAAUUACACUCUUCCUGCUCGUGAGGUACAGGAAGCUAUCAGAAUGAAUAGAAACCGGAUCAAUAAUGUCUUCCUUCUGAAUGACAAGACUCUGGAAUUUUUAAAAAUUCCUUCUACUCUUGCACCACCCACUGAGCCACUUCUGCCCAACUGGAUUAUCUUAUUUGGUGUGGUACUUUCCGUCAUUGCAAUUGCCGCUGCUCUAUUGGUUGUCUUAGGAAUUCACCAACGUAGAAGGGAGAAUAAUGCAGCAUCUGAAGAGGAUGACACUGAAGAUAAGUGUGAAAACACACCCAGAGUUGAAAAUGGCAUCUCCUGCGACUCCCUCGACAUGAAGGGAGGGAAUAUUAAUGAGGCCUUCAUGGUAGAGGAUGAGCGUCUCACCCCUCUCUAA